AUGGUCGGCGAAGAGGCUGAUGGGCUGAUGCGAGAGUUCGACAAAGACAUGAGCUCGGCUUUAGAUGCCGAGGAGUUCACUGCGAUGAUGAAAACAUCAAGGCUGGCCAAGGUUCUAAAGGAGCAGUGGAAAGCCCCAGCGACAGAGGAGCAGCUUGAGUUCAGCACCGCGCAAGGCCAACUGGAGGAGCUCCGCAGGAGGUCGCCAGAGCCGAUCUACGUCUUCGAGAAUGGGGAUCGGCUCUACGAUGUGACUUUGGCUGGACUCGAGCCGGAACAAGAGGCCCAAGUCGAAGAGAUGCGGCUCCUGGAGUUUCCGAAGCCUCUAGAUGCCAUCGGGGUGCUGAAGCACACGGACCUGUGGGCACGUGGAGGCACCGACUCCUUUGUUGAAGUCAAGGCUGUGGUGGUCGACGAUCGGGAGAAGCAGGCCUCCAGUCGCCUUGCCUUGGGCCUGCUCUACGCCGCCCAGGAUUUCUAUUCCCUGCACGACUUCCUGAAAGUGCACAACUUCAUGGAAGGCCCUGUGCUGAUGAGACAUGAUGCCAAGCUGUAUGCAUCUGCAUCGCUCGCCAGCACUAUGCAGUACCUGAAUUCUACCUGCUCUUGGCCAUAUCAGAGAACCUCUUUAGAUUCUGUCUGCCUGAAGAAGCACGAUGAGGAUUGGCACUUUGGCUACCGCCUGCGGCUUCGCUGCGCUUUCUCUGUCGAAGAGUAUGAGCAGGGCACAGUCGGUUCGGGCCCGACUCUGGGGUUGGAGGAGAACUUGAAGCUAUUGGCUGAUUGGAUCUGGUUAAUACAUCACUUUACGGCGGAAGAGGAGGAUACUGCUGCCACCGUUGAAUUGUACACAUCCAAGCAAUUCCUGGCAAAGGACAUCAAUGGAGAGAAGGUGCCAUUGACAGCAACCAGGAAGGUCUUAGAGGAGUUGUGGACACGGAAUGCGGAAGAGAUCAACAUGGAUCACAUCACGAAGAAGCUGAAAACGCAAGCGCUUGAGCUGUACAGCCGCAUUGAGAUGUGA